AUGGCCGUCGGAUGUAAGCCGGUCGUUGUCCACUUGUGCGGUUCCCGCGCCAGCGAAUAUUACGAGGGCGUUUCCGCUUAUUACGCGAGCCAGUGUUUCGAACAAGUGGUUACUCAUGGCACGUUCGACAAUCGCAUUGCGAUGGUGCACAUGGACGGCUCCUGGAGUUUCCCCGAAGAUUUCUCCACUGAGAAAAAGACAGCCGCCCGUCGGGUGGACCUGCCAGAGGCAAUGCAGAUCCUCAAGGACUUGUCUCCGUCAGCUGUGGUUCCGCACAUGUUCUGCCUCCCAGGCAUGACUACCUACCGUGCCCUUUUCGACGCCCUGGGCUUCCCUUUAGUCGGGAACGACGCGGGAGUCAUGGCCCUGUCCACAAACAAGGCGCAGUCCCGCGCCGUUGUCGCUGCUGGUGGCGUGCGGGUGCCCGAGGCCGAGAUAUUGCACAGGGGCGACAGGCCGAAGAUGGAGCCGCCCUUCGUUCUGAAGCCGUGUAACGAGGACAACUCCAUUUGA